AUGACAUACGAUAUCACUCGAGUCAACAGUUCUGUUGAUGCGCAUGGUUUUCUGAUGUACGAGCAAACACCGAUUGAGAGCACAGAAAGCUACCUCAUGGAACUCACACACGGCUUCGCGGAUGCCAUCAAUGCUCGGGACUGGGCCCUAGACCGGGACAGCAUGGUAUCGACUCACAAGCCUGGGCGAUGGACUGCGCAGCCAGGAAAUAUAUGGCAGCACGUCGAUGCCAGCUAUGUAGUCGAAUACGAGCACAUGGCUUGCGCGAAUACACUGCCCGACUCCGAGAGCCCAACUCUCAAACUGAGAGAGCAAAUACAGGAUGUAAGCAAAGCAUGCAAGGAGUCCCCUGACUUCAAGGUGGUGUUUGGGGACAUGCGGUGUGAGAUUGAUGACAGCAAGGGGACGGCGAUUGUGUUCGCUAAUCUAGAGACGACAGGCAUGCCUGCUGGAAUAGUGCGACAGAGUGUGAUAGCUUAUCACUGGAGACGCACCCACGGAGUCUGGAAAUGUGUCAGGAAUAGGGGCAUAAGAGGCGUUGAUAUAAGCUGA